AUGUCGGAUAUAUCCAUGUCUCCCACCUCUCUAUCGCCACCAGAGUCGCGCCCAACCUCACGCCGCGCAUCCAGAGUCAAAAUGUCAAUCGACCUCUCCUGCAUUCCUCCGCUGCAGAUGCCGACACCUUCCACCAACACCCUCUUGAUCACCAACCUCCAAGACCCCUCCGUCUUCCGCCCCGACAACCUGCAAACGAUUCGCGACCUCAUCAACAGCUCCGCACCCAUCCACUCCUGGGCCCCGAUCAAGUCCUUCCGCCGCAUCAUAGUCUCUUUCUACGACGAAGAGUCCGCCAUCCGCAUCCGCAGUCUCCUCGAUGGGGAAGUCGUCAUGGGCGAGCGCAUCAGAGUCUUCUUCGGCCAGCAGACCCCCAUCGAGCCGAAAGACGAGCACUUGGAGCUCCCCGACGCGGGCAAGCUCUUCUUCAUCUCGCCUCCGCCGUCUCCGCCCCACGGCUGGCAAGUGAAGCUCGAGGACGCGCCCAACAAGCAGGUCCACGCAGAAGAUCUGGCCGAGGCGCUGGCGAAGCUGCACGCGAGGCCCACCACGGAUUUCCCCGCCAGCCCGGUCAGUGAUGUUGACGAUGGCAACCGGGGCAGACAACGCAGUGGCAGCACCACCAUCUACAACCCGAGUGAGCAUGGCUUUAGUCCGAACUUGCCGGCUAUCUCGGUGGAGGAUACAACGGGGGAGUACGAGAUUAGCCCGCUCGAGCAGGAAAAGCCCAUCUUUGCGCACACGGCGAGACCACCGAUUGAGUUGAUCAAAUAG